AUGAAUAAUGAAGAAGAGGCGGAGAAGUUAGCUCUAGUUCAAAUGCGAUCAUUUUUUAGAUACAGUGAGUUGCAGAGCACAAGCACAACACUUCUUCGCAAUCGUUUCAGUAUUUGGCACUAUAGGUAUCUACUUAC